GCAAACCGCUCCCUUCCGUCACGUAACCACGUCUCCUCCGCCGCCCCGCUUCCUCCUGCCUCCUUGUCCUUGCUAAGCAAACCCCCGCUUUUCUUCCUCCGCCCUGCACGCGCGCGCCUCGCGAAAUCCCCCCUCCCUCGCCGCCGCUCGCCAUUCCCCGCCCCGGAGGAAGCCAGCCAGCCCCGCCGGAGAUGUCGUACGCCUACCUCUUCAAGUACAUCAUCAUCGGCGACACAGGCGUCGGCAAGUCGUGCCUGCUGCUGCAGUUCACCGACAAGCGCUUCCAGCCCGUGCACGACCUCACCAUCGGCGUCGAGUUCGGGGCGCGGAUGAUCACCAUCGACAACAAGCCCAUCAAGCUCCAGAUUUGGGACACGGCAGGCCAAGAGUCAUUCAGAUCCAUAACUAGAUCAUACUACAGAGGGGCCGCAGGUGCUCUUUUGGUCUAUGAUAUCACCAGGAGGGAGACUUUCAAUCACCUCGCAAGCUGGCUGGAGGAUGCGAGGCAGCACGCCAACGCCAACAUGACGAUAAUGCUGGUUGGGAACAAAUGUGAUCUGUCUCACAGGCGUGCAGUGAGCUACGAGGAAGGCGAGCAGUUUGCAAAGGAACAUGGCCUGAUCUUCAUGGAGGCAUCUGCAAAAACCGCACAAAACGUCGAGGAGGUAUUUGUUAAGACUGCUGGAGCGAUCUACAAGAAAAUCCAAGAUGGUGUUUUCGAUGUAUCUAAUGAGUCUUAUGGAAUCAAAGUUGGAUACGCAGUCCCUGGCCAGUCCGGAGGCGCUGGUUCGUCGUCCUCUCAAGGCGGUGGCUGCUGCAGCUAAUCAUCGAGUGCGAUGAUGUACAAAGGCGUCUGUUGUGUGGCACAUACCAGUUGCGUUAUUUGCAUGUUUCUGAGUGGAAAAUAGCUUGCUCCAGGGUGCUUUGUUAUUUCACGCACCAAUGGAUUCCCUGAACGACUUGAAAGAUUCGGUUAAUUUAUGCCAGGUGUUCAUAAUCUGUUGGUUCUCUGUAAUUUACCGUGUCCAGUCUCUUAACAUCCACGAAUUCUUUCCGUUUGAUGUGUAAAUAAAAUAAAAUGAUGUAUGGUUUGGUCUGAUGCUGAUAGUUUAUCAUUUCGAAAAGCAUCGGUUCUCUGAUGCUUGGGCUUGUAA